AUGGGAAAACAGGAUCCGUGGUUCUAUAAAGACUACCUAUCUGAUUUGGUUGCAUUGAAAAGUAAUGGAAAAACUAUAGUGGAGAAGAAAAUAGAACGAAGAAUUCUCCAAGGUGAUAGUCUUUCUCCGCUGCUGUUCGUCUUGCAUGGACCCGAUGUCGUCGCUAAUGAAAACGUUAAGAUCAGAGUCGAUACGCGAGUGAGAACUACAAUUAGAAUUGAAGCGGAUCGACCGAAUAUCAUGAUAUACGAUAAGAAGCGACGUAAUGUAAUCCUGAUUGAGGUUGGCAUCACUAGUAAGGACAGGUUAACAGAAGUCGAAACCGAGAAAAAGAGAAAUCAUGACCUACUUGCUAAUAAGUCGAUGUGGAUUCCACGAGGACGAAGCAGCGGAGAUCAGCAGAGCAGAACUGAGCGUGGGGCUCGUGCAGCGAGAAUUUCAGAAUACGAUCCAGCGCCAGAAUCAAUAAUGAAAAAAAGAAGAAUAACCUCAGUUUGA